AUGGUCAACUCUCAGUAUCGACGAACGCAUCCUGGAUUUCGAUCUGUCGGUGUAUUCGCCAGUCUGGCUGGCCUCCUCUAUAUCCACACGGUGAUGAGCGGGAGGCCAUGUGCUGGAUCAUGGAUGGGUGAUAAAUGUCCGUUCGCCCUGGAUUGUGCCAGGAUGGAGGCCGUCAAAUUCUUGAACUUCCGGUCCGAUCACGCCGCCGCUCGAUGCCACGUUGGCCCCCGUUGCUCGUCCGUAGGUGCUCCGUUUGGUCGUCAAUCUCUUGAAUAUCCCUCGUCUUCCCCAGCGAUCAGCUCCGGCGCUAACAAUGGAGAGGAAAAAACACAAACUGGGAACGGCCCGGCUGGUAGGAGCGUCAUUAUCAGACGAACUGUCGCACGGCACAUCUUUGAUGACUCCAUUCUUUCUUCAGUCAAUCAAGAUGCGACAACCUCAAUCUGCGGCUGCACCGGGCCAUAUCGAACCCAGGCCGCCAGCGUUCAUGCCCGGGAAUUUCCCCUUGGCCGUCAAGGCUUUCAGUGCUCCGUCAGCAGAAAUCUCGCACCCACAUGCCCAUCAAACAUUGAUUACAUUCGAUUCGGCUCGACCAAGCAUGCUGCACCGCCGCCGACAAAGCGACCUGCGCAAGGCGCUGCCGCAGAAGCAGCGCCUCUGAAGCAGCGCCUCUGGAUCUGA